AUGACAAGAAGAUUACGGCAUCUGAAGAGUAUAGCUGCAAGAAAUUUAAUUGUUCCCAAUGUAUCUGAGCUAGAUGUGGCUUCUCUACAGACAUACUUCACCUUGCAUACUAAGACCCAGGAACCGGCUUUCUACACCAGUGAGAAAAUUCGAGGUUCAUUGAAUCCAAGCUGGCGUGGGUUCUUGCUGACACACCUAACUGAGGAGGUGGACACCACUUCUACUUCUGUUAUCGUGAAGGUGUGGAUUUCAGAAGAGGGGAAAUCCCCUCAUGUCCUUCUCCAGUGGGAAGUCCACUUUUCUGGACUUGUCUACAUAGCUGACAAGAUCCAGAAAGAUGGUAGGAAGUAUAAGGGAAACACUCUGGUGUUUGGGAUGUUUGAUGCUUACUUUGGCCCUGCAGAAGAACUUCAGAAGCCCAAGCAACAAUCUUUGACCUCAGAGUUUAUGAAAGUAGACCAUUCCAGUGUAAGGUCUUCCUAUACUAUUAGUUCUUUGUCCAGAAUAGUCACCAUACUGCGUGCUAUCAAGCAGACCCAGGCCUCAGUGAAGAAAGUGAGGGGCUGUAUAGAGGACACGCUGGUGUCUUCACUAACCAGGUCCAAGAAGCUGUCAGAACGGGAAGUCCUGAUUCUUCAUGUGAAUCAGAUGAGGUCAGAGCUUGAGUCACGUACCAUGCAGCUGCAAGCCGAGAAAGAAACGUAUGAGAGACUACAGACACACAAUCACCAAAGAGAUGUAUCAGUGCAAACUAAAUUUGAGGCUAUGAAAAAUGACAAAGACAGACUAAAAGAAAAAAGGAAGAUAUACUUUGAAAUGAGGGAACAGUACCUUAAAGCCAAUGCACAGUUGAUUAUGAGGAAGAAACAGUUGAUAGCGGAUUUAGCUUUUUAUAUUUAUCCACUGAGAGAGGAAAAAAAUGGAAUUUUCACAAUAGGAAAGGUUAGACUUCCAAAUUCAGAGGAUUUCCAAGGUCAAGAUGAGACCAUGAUCGCUGUGGCGCUGGGCGCUACUGCCCACAUGGUUCAGAUGAUAGCUCAGUUUCUGGACAUUCCACUUCGAUACGCCAUAGAUCACCGCUGCUCCAAGUCCAAGAUACGAGAUCAUAUCACUCCUAAGUUACCUGAUAAAGAGAGAGACUUUCCACUGUACGGGAAGGGUAAAGACAAAUUUCAGUUUAACUACGCUGUGUAUUUGUUAAACAAAAACAUUGCCCAGCUGCGUUACUACUGUGGGUUGGGAACAACAGAUCUCAGAUUAACAUUGCCAAACUUACAGAGCCUGCUAGAGCUCAGGCUGGGGGUGAAAUUAGACCAACCAGGCACUAUUGAUAUGUCUCAGAAACUCAGGAUUCCUAUGGACCCUCGUCUUGUCAGCCGGCAGGGCUCGGUGCAGAGUUUUUCUUCCAUGGGAUCUACCAGGGACUCCAGCGUAAACUUUGCUUACACCCAGGAAUUUGAGGACAUUUUGGCUGAGGAAAAAGGAAAACACGGUGGCAGGGAAGUUCCCAGAAAAGACAUGCAACAGUCUGUGUCCCGACAGCAUAGUGUCGUUUUUAGUGACCUCAAAGGUCAAAGGUCACAUUCACUCUCCCCUGAUAGGCUGGGAGUAAAUAGGGCGGUGAUUCCGGGUCAAGAUAACUUGCGAGUUUCGGGCAGUCAGGCAGCUAGAAACAAAAGAGUAUUAGAUGAAAGCUCAAGUCAAGAAGUGAGUAGAGAUGAUGAAGUUUCUAGGUCAGACCCUGAAUCUGAUUUAAAGGAUGUAUCACAUUUGGAGUUGAGGGGUUCUGGCAUUCUUCCUACAACAUUAGCCACUGGGAAGUUAGACGACAUAGAUGCUGGGUCAUCAAAUGACGAGAAUCCGCAUUCAGAAUACGAGUCUGAAUUCAAACAGUGGCAGAAACGACUGUCGAAUGAUGAGCCUUGUGAGAUCACUAGCCACUCUGGAGCCUCUUGUGAAAAAGAAGCAAGUCAGCUUGUGGAGACAUCUGGUGUGGGAAAUAGAAAAUCACUUAGUGGACAAACAGUUGUGAAUGCAGAUGACACAAAAAUUAAACAAAAUGGCAAUGUUGGGAUGGUUGCAGUUGACAAUAAUAUCCCACCGAACAGCAAUUUUAGUGCUCAAGUGAGUGAGGACAGUGAAUCACAGACAAAAAGGGCAUUUCAAAAUUUCCAAAUUCCUCAAAACUGUGAUACUCAUCUGCAAAUGCAGAGUGACUAUAAUAUAAGCAAUGGUGCUGCUCAGAACAACAGUUUAAAGAUGGCUGCCAACAGCACAGUAGAGGGCGCUGUGAUGUAUGCAGAAGACACUAUGACAGCCAUGGAAAAUGACAUAAUUACUCAAAGGACAUUGAGGCUUGAAUCAGGGAGCCGAAGUUUUCGAUGGCAGCCACCAAGUUCUGAGUGAACAUUUAGUUUUCAAUCUCUCUUUUGUUAUAAUGAGUCAUUUUUGUCAAUGUCCAAAACAUGUAGAAUGAACUUGUGUUUUUGGGUCAAAUAUCAGUUGGUCAUAGCUAAGGGGCAGAUAGAUUUGCUGUUUCAAAAUUAAGUUGAUAUUCAUGUUAAACCAAGUGUAUGUGCACCUUAUUUCAAAGAAUAACUUUUAAAAGUUUUUUUGUUUUUGUUCCACAUGCACUUUAGAAAAUAUAAAAAAUGUUUUGUGACUACUGUUGGAAAUAUUUUAAAUUGUGACUAUCAGAAGAGCCUUUCUAUUUGUAAAAUUUCUAAGGGGCAUUUUGUAUUCCAAGGGUCCUUUUAGUUGUAGUGUUUGUUGGUCCUUAACUUGAUGUUUGUUCAGUAGGCCAAUUUUCUGCAUUUCAGUGGCAAAUGCUGUUUUAAAAUGGGACCAGUUUCCACAUGCUAUAUCCUUAAAACAAAAAAAUUCGCAAAGUAAGAUGGAGACAUUGCACAACUGUUCCAUUUAAAUCUAUAGACCACUGAACAUCCAUAUUUCAUGCCCAUAAAACUUAGAACUAAUUCCCUUUUUUUUCCUUGCAAAACUUUUUCUUUUUCAUCAGAGCAAUGAACCUUGGGAGCAAUGGAAUUUGAGCAUAUAAUCUUUUGGACUUUGGAACCCUCCCAGUUCCUGUAUUGCAAUAUAUUUUAUGCAAUAUUUCAGUCAGUUUUCAGAGUUGUGACUUGAAAUAGCUAUUUUUUUCUUCAUCUAAUCAUAGAUUGAUUUUUAUAUAACAACAAAUUUUGUUCUAGAGUGGAAAUAUGUCUGUCUCUGUCAAAUGUAAGCACUAAGGAUUUAAAGUGGUUGAAAUGUUUUCUUAUAACAAUUAAUGAACAAUAGCAUGCCAAUGGAAAAUAUUACUUUUUAAUUUUCAUAAAAAUAUCAAAAUUAAUUUAUUUUGUGGGUUGGUAUAUUUAGGAAAUUGUGCAGAAAUCUGUCCCAUAAUUGGCAAUGAUCUAGGGCACUACGUAAGGUAAUAUACUCCUUUGUCUUUUCCUCUGUCAUGUGUAAUUUUUCUGUCAACAUGUUUUAUAUGUUGAUGUCUUAACUGUGAUCAAUGAGAUGGAAAAAAAAUUAA